AUGUGGCUAAAAUUGGUGCGCCUGCUGGUCGCGUGUGCCGGCGUACGCCUCGUGCAAGGCCAGUGUUCGUUUACGCUCGAUAUGAAGUUCGGUUCGGUGUAUCAGCUUAUCUCGCCCCAGUAUCCAUCGAAUUACCCGCCCAACCUACAGUGCACGUACUUCAUCCGGGCACCUUACGGGUACCGGAUCGCGCUCGAUUGUCCCACGUUCCAGGUGCCUAGUAGCACCAACUGCAGGCUGGACUCGUUCAUGGUGUCCCGCGGUGGCCUAACGGACUUCUCCGAUGCGUACACCUACUGCGGGGCUGGUGAACUGCAUGAGAAAUCGAACGCCAACCGUCUGACGUUGCGCCUGACGUCGGCCCCGACAAGCACCGGGGGGAAGAUUUUAUGCAAUCUAAGCAUCCCUCAGCAGAGCUGCGAAUGCGGGCGUAAAAAAACGCAACGCAUCGUAAACGGAGUCGAAACGGCUGUCAAUGAGUUCCCGAUGAUGGCGGCUCUGAUCGAUGUCAAAACGAAAACUGUCAUUUGUGGUGCCACUAUCGUCACCAACGAGUACGCGCUGACGGCGGCCCACUGUCUGUUGCAGCGCGCGACGAACGAUACGGUGCUGCUGGUGGGUGAUCAUAACCUUAAAACCGGAAGCGACACCAGCUACUCGCAGGUGUACGUGUUGGCGCAGUUCCUGAGUCACUCGGGCUUCACGCUUAAGCCGGUGGCGAAUGAUAUCGCGCUGGUGCGCACGCAACAACCGAUCCAGUACAAUCCCGGCGUUGGUCCGGUUUGUCUACCGUGGCGCUACACGACGGAGUCCUUCGACGGUAGCAGGGUCGAGGCGACUGGUUGGGGUGACCUCGAUUUCGGAGGUCCUCGGGCUGAGGCGCUCAACAAGGUGCAACUGACCGUUGUCGGAAAUGGCGAGUGUUCUCGCAGGGUUGGAUUGACGGUGCCGUAUCAGCAGCUCUGCACCUUCACCAGUAACCGGGACACGUGUCAGGCUGAUUCCGGAGGACCACUGUUCUACACAAACGCCACAACCGGGCUGCUGUACAACGUGGGCAUCGUAAGCUAUGGGUACGCGUGUGCGACAGAUCGACCUAGCGUUAAUACGAGAGUCACCGAGUUCCUGGACUGGAUUAUGGCCAACACGCCUACGUCGUUCUACUGCUACCAGUGA